CGCGUCUCCUUCCUCCGCACCGUCCGUGCUCGACCUCGCUCCUGCUCUUCAGACUCACAACGCGUAAAACUCUGUGCUCAGCGUUUCACUGGAAACAAACAUCAUCCGAACUCUAGAGAGGCGCUAUACAGCCUGACGUCUCCAACUGACACAGACCCAAAAUGUCUAUCCGGGACUCUUCCAUCGUGGUUCUGGACACCAGUCGUACCUCCAUCCGUGCUGGGCUUGGCCUCCACGACCUUUUACGCACACCUUCAGUUGAGGUAUUAGCACGAGUGGGCUUGCCCAGAAGUAUCCUCAACGGGGUCAACGGGGAUGCGCAAGGCAAUGCUUCGACAUCGAAAGUACUGAAUGGGCCAUCGGUUCCCAAUGCCAAACUGACCGACUACCUGGUUGGUACGCAGCUGGAGGAGGCGCUGGCCGCGGGUCAAGACAUCGUUCAAUAUUGGCCCUUCGCAGAGGCCGGCAUCGCAGACUGGACACAGGCUGAGGCUCUAUGGAAAUACGUCCUCUUCAACCAACUCCACCUCCGCCGUACCCAGAUGGAAUCCGCAGUCCUCCUCUCCCUCCCUCCUGGCCUCUCUCGCGACGUCCACGAGCGCCUCUGCCAGACGUUUUUCGAACGCUUCAACGUGGCCGGCUUCGGCAUCCUCGAGCGCCCCGUCGCCCAGUUCUACUCCGCCGUGAACGCGAACAGCGGGCUCUCCGGCGUCGUCGUCGACGUCGACCGCGAGUGGACGGAUAUCGCACCCAUAUACGACGGGUUCCUGGUGAGCAACGCGAGGAUCAGCGUGAGGGCGGGAAUGGAGGGAUGCAAGAAAUACUUGGCUGGGCUGCUCCGGGGGAACCAGAGUGUCAUGGCGGCGCUGCUGGAGCCUGUGGAGGGGGAGAACCCGCUUGAUGAAGCUGGCCAGCAAGCUGCAUUGGAGGGUCUUACGCAACUGCUGUGGGCAGAAGGGCAUAUCAAGGUUCUCUCAGAGGGCGAGGCCGCGGCACAGGAGGUGGAGGACCUCAGCGCUGACGGCGAUAUCAAUAUUGCCGCCAUCGUCGUGGCGGGCAAGGAAAAGGCGGUGAUUGAGAAGGGCAUGAAAAAUAAGGCUGCGAGGGCGAACGCGGCGGAGCAGGCGCGUGCGAAGGAGAUCGAAGCGCGGGACUUGAUCGAGGUGCAGUGGAGGGGGAAGACGAUCACCGUCGGCAAGGAGCGCCAUCGGUUCUGCGAGCCGCUGUUUGACGUCAGUGUGCGGGAGAGUGUGAAGGGGAAGGAGCGGGAGAAGGACGAUGCCCCGGCUUUGUCGGUUCAGGCGGCAGUCGCGGAGGCAGUUGGGAGGACGGAGUUCGACCAGAGACAGUAUAUCUGGCAGGGUCUCUUCGUCACCGGGGAGAUUACAAAUCAUAUCAAGAGUCUCGGAGCGGCCCUGCAGACACGGCUUACGUCGCUGAUUCCCCUCAACGUGGAUCCACAGCACAAUGAAGUGCAACCCAGGGUCAUCCGGACCCUGAAGAUACCCGAGUACUUUGCUGAAUACCGGGACAAGGGCGAUGGAGUUGCCUCUUUCUUGGGGACCAGUAUAGUAGCCAAGAUCACGUUUAACGAGUCCGCUGGCAAAAACUUUGUCUCGAAGGGAGACUACGCGAGUAUGGGCCCGAGAGCUAUCUUGGGCAUGUCGCCGUCUUUGCUGUAGUUACUCUCAGGUGUUGUGACACUCCGCCAGCUCACCCUUACUGUAUUUAUGUUCCAACAGACCUGCACACAGGGCGAGAAUGGUCCAUGUUGUGAUCGACUGACUCACCUUUGUUGACAUCGGAUGCUGGCCAGACCCUGUCCCGGUUUGAGGCUGCCAUGACUCACGAUACAGUCUCACAGCCGCUCUGAUGCUGAGUCUGUCGAGCUUUUGAGAUGCGGGUGUAGUUGCGACGUCGCG